GCGCGUGCUAGCGUAAACACGGACAGAAACGAGAAAAACGCCGAGAGUCCCAGUGACACAUUACAUCUUUCGCAUUCCCGCGAGCUGGGGGGGUCCGGUUACCAGUGCUCGGGCUAAAAUUAGGGUUGCUUUGGGGCUGACGCAAGAAAACUCUGUGGCAGCGGGAAACGAGGAUGCAUGGAAACGCAUUCAUUGCUGUUGAUGACAGAGAGUAUUUUUGGACUGUGUUGUCAUCAUUUGGUAACAACGAGGCCUGAGGCGUAUUGUAUAAAGGGAGGACGCUGAAAAUGCACUUGUACAGCAGCGCGUUAACACACUACCCCGGCUCCUCUCGAAAAGUUUCCGUGACUCUCACCAGUGUCGCCAAUAACGUAACGGCGACAAGUUCCAGCUCUUUGGAGGUGGUCGGAAACGCCGUUAACGGAAGCGCAACAGACGCACACACGGAAUAUUUGUCUCGAGGGGAACAGACUGACGCGAACAUGCCUGCUUUUUCAUGUUAUGAGGCCACCUCGAUGAGGCCGGUUUUCUACACUUCUACCGCGGAGAUUAUCAUCACGCGACCGGAUGGUGUGGAGAGAUCCGUGCCCGUUCACAUCGUGAAAGAGCCGCGCACAAACCGUAGACAUCUGGAGACGCGCUACAACCGAGUUUCUUACGCAGUCAACGGAGAUGAUCAUAAACACUCUGAUUCUGUCUUAGAUUUAGAUUCCGAUUCCAGAAGAGACGUUUUAGGGGAUGACCAAGAUGAGAUAAGUGACAAAGAUUCAAUUCACUACGAUGGUUUUUUUGGUAAUGACAGAUACAGAGUUUGUGAUAGGAGACUCGAGCCGUGUUUGCAAAGUGAUGCCACACCCUCCAGAACUCUAGGAACUGUACAAAACCCCUCAUCGGAUUCAUAUGAAGGUCUUAAAGACCCAGAAAGACAGGAAAGUGUUGAAGAUGAUAAUCCAGUCUUCGAGCUGCACAUCCUUCAGGAGCCCACUGCGACACCCAACAAAAGCAACGUUGAUAACAAGGUUACCCGUUACUUGGCCGAAGUGGAGAAACAGAACAAAUACCUCCACGAAAGGCAGAAAUACCGCUUCCACAUCAUCCCAGAUGGGAACUGCCUGUACCGGGCUGUUUCCAAGGCGGCUUAUGGAGACCAGUCGAUGCACAAGGAGCUGAGAGAGCAAACCAUGCACCACAUCGCCGACCACCUGGAGGAGUUCAACCCCAUAAUCGAAGGCGACGUCGGGGAGUUUCUGAUCAAUGCGGCGCAGGACGGCGCAUGGGCUGGCUAUCCGGAGCUGUUGGCCAUGAGUCAGAUGCUGAAUGUGAAUAUCUACUUGACCACUGGGGGUAGUGUAGAAAGCCCAACAGUAUCCACCAUGGUGCACUACCUGGGUGAAGAGGACUUGUCUAAACCGGCUGUAUGGUUGAGCUGGCUCAGUAACGGUCAUUAUGACGUGCUGCUGGACAGCAUCCAGCCAAACCCGGAGUAUGAUGACUGGUGCCGUCACACCCAGGUACAGCGCAAAAGGGACGAGGAGCUGGCCAAGUCCAUGGCAGCGUCGCUUUCCAAAAUGUACAUUGAGCAGAACGGCCUGCACUGAAAACCGACUCAGUCCCAGAAUGCACCUGGGAAUACUGUAACUCAUUCUAAUGUUUCCAAAUGGAUUGCACUUUGAUUCCUCAAGCGAAUAAAUAUUGCCUUAAUUUAUUACAUUUCUAUCCUUGCGUGUCUUAAUUUUUUUCUAUAAAUGUGUUGAAGUGCCGUGCACAAGAUGAUUUGUGGUGCGAUAUGUAAAAUAAGGACUGUUUGGAUCUGUGCAAAUGUUUCUUAGAUUUGUCAUAAUUUUAAGCCUUGUUUGACAAUACCCAAUUUUUUUUUUCUUGUUUAUAGUUUUGUAAUCUGUUCCGCAGAACUGAAUGGAAUGUCGCACUAAUACAAACUUUUCUAGUAGUUCUUUUAAUGGUUAUGUGUGAACGUGUUUUCUUUUUAGUUCACUGUUGCGUUAUAUAUUCUGAACUGAUGGCUCUUUAAUGUUCAAGUGCCUGAAAUCUUUUUUUGCAACUGGUGUUUUUGAAUAAAAUUCUUUUGAAGCA